AUGGUGGCAUCCGGAUGGCAUGUAGCCAAACCCAUCACCAUCCCACGCCACGCAGCAGCCAUGGCUGCCACCAGACUGCUGCUGCUGCUGCCCGGCAGCCGGCCAUACAGCUCCGAGAACGGCUCCAUGGCGGCAGUGGGAGUGUUUCUACCCAAGUCUUCCUCAGAUUCAGAAGCAGAAGAGGAGACAGGUGAUAAUGGUAUCACUCAGCACAGAAGAGGUGACCUGCUGGAUUUUCUCCAGUCAGGCAAAGAGAUGACAGCAGCCUCUGGCUUACACGAAGGAUACUAUGGCACAUUGCAAAGUCUCAAGAUGAAAAACAGACAGCAUCUGUUAGAGGUGGGCUUGCUGUAUCAGGCAAAGUUAGAGAACAACCACAAACUGUCCAGGGAGGAUGAGGAGCUGAAAGACUUCUUCCAAGACAACGGACCAUGGACUCGGCAGACAAGGUCCUAUGAUGCUUUGAGAUUUGGGGACAUGAGGCAGUCCAGUUCUUCAACUGACCUCACCUGGGACAGUCCCUUAAUUCACAAAUCCCAUGAGAGGCCAAAGAGCGCCACAUCUGCCUGGAUCUCUUCUAUUACCAUCCCCCAGCCUUUCAAGAUGACCCUGCGGGAGGCUCACAAGAAGUCCCACUUGAUGAAAUCACGUGCAUUUCUUGAGCUAGAGAAAGAGAGAGACAAAAGACAAAGCCAAGAGGAAGCAGAGUGCCAGAAGCAGUUUCGGGCACAGCCAGUGCCUGCCCACGUGUUCCUUCCACUCUACCAGGAGCUAAUGGAGCAGAAUGAGAUUCGCAGACAUGUGGCAAUACAGAGGAGAAAGGAGCUGCUCCUUUCAACUCAGCAACCCUUCAGCUUCUUGGAGAAGGAAAAGGAGAAGGAAGCCAUCAGAGAGAAGGUUCUGGCAGCACUGACUCCAGCUGAGAGCUCCAAACAGAAAGCCAGCAAGAAAGUCCCUAAAUCCAUCUACAGCCCUGUUCUUGGAGAUAAACUCAAAGAAGCUGAACUCUUCAGGAAAAUACGCAUUCAGAUGAGAGCCAAGGAUUUGCUGGAAAGCUCCUUUGCUCCUUUUGAUCUCAGCAGUAGACGAAGAGAGCCACAAUUCCGAACUGCCACUAAGACUAAGGAAGAAAAACUUGGCUUCCUACAGGAUAACUUCAGCUUUAAACCAAGAAUUAACCCAGCAGUACCUGAUUUUGAAGGACUUUACUGGACAUUUCAGAAAGAAGCAAUAAGACGACAAGAAGUCAAAGAGGCAACUCAUAAUAAACCGUUCAAACUAAGAACCUCCAAUCUGCACUGUAGGCAAAGACAGGCUAAUGAGAAGAUAACAAAGGAUUUUCAGCAGCUUUCUUUGGCCCCCAUGCAAAGAAGUCAUUCUUUGACUGGUCUUUCCUCUCUCUCUUCCAACACCCUUCCAGUGCAUAUAACAGAUGCAGCAAGAAAGAGGGAAUCUGCAAUUAGAUAUGUCCAAGAGGACAAAAAGCAAAGGGAGAAAGAAAGAAUUAAUUGGACCGAGGCGCACAGAAAGAAGUCCCAGGCCAUGCAUAGAUCUAUAAACAGCCGAGCAAAAGCCCUGGACACACACAAAAGCUUAGAGGAGACUCACAAGGAGAAGUUGAAACAAAACUGGCAGAAUGACCGAAAGAGAACAAAGGAGUACAAAAAAGAGCUGGAAGAAAUGCAGACACGAGUCAAGAACAGACCGUACCUCUUUGAACAGGUCACCAAGCAUGAUGCCAGACAAGAGGCAGAGCGACAUUACCGAGAUACACUUCAGCAGGUGGGACUGAAUGAAGAAUUUGUACAGAACAAAGGGGGAGAUGCCACUGACAUGCUGGAGAAGUCCAGAACUCAAAAGCACACGAGCCCAGGAAGCACAGACAUUGGGGCAGCAGAGAGGAAAGAGAAUCAGGAAGAGAAGAGAACUGAGGAGCUGCCAACAUAAGAAUGCAGUAGAAGAGUCCACGGAAAGGUACAUUGCAGGUACUUUAAUUCAAGAUGCUCUAGUGCGAGUCCUCUAGGAACUAAUUUCCAAGUAGCUGACAAUACAUACAUAUGCAUGCCGAGGAAAGGGGUGGGGAUUGACUGCUGCCUUGUGCAUUUCCUGCCCUACAUCACAUCACGAUUCUGCAAGCCUGAGUCAUUGAGACAUUCUCCCCAUGAGCUACUUCCAUCUCCUCUGUUUUGGGACUUGGAACAAGGAAUGGGAAGCAGGUGAGGUAAGAGGGUGACAAGAUUGUAGCACCAUUGCAGAAAGGAAACAGACAUGAACAGCUAGAGCCUUGUAUACUUAUCUCUAUCUACUGCCUGGGGAAAAUGAGACAUUUUUUUCAAAUUCUGCUUUGAAUUACUUUUUUUCUUUUUUCUUGCACUUUAGGUUUUGUUGAUGCCUUUCAUAUUGAAUGUGUGUUGCGGUGAAUUCUAAAUAAGAUAUUUAUGCAGAAUAAGAGGAUUAUGGAUUUGACCUCCCCUUAGAGAAGGUCUGGAAAGAAGCUCUCCACUGGUUCUUUGGCAGCUCUCCUCCCUGUCAUCAUGAAGGAAAGCACUCUAUAAUGCAGCUAUAUUUUAUACCUCUGUUAUUUUCACUGAGAUCACUGGUUUGUCCAGAAAAUGGCAAGUUUUACUAUGAAUGCAAAUAAGAAUGUUUGCACAAAAACUUGAAAGUAGUUUGUCAUAGUGAGAUUUAAAAUAAUGUAAAUCUAUAUUGUUUUCUCCAUUUCUAGGUGAAAAAUCACUUAUAAUCCCUUCAAGCUUGCCAUCUGCUUCAGCAGCAUCCCAAUUAUUUGCCACAAUUAAGCAAAGUAGGGCUCUCAAACUGUUUAAAAAUGUUAUUGCAAUUAGUUGCAUGAUUAAAAAAAUUAG